CAAAUAAAUAUCCCCCGGAGCAUGUUCUCUGAAGAUUUUCUCAGGCUUGAAAUUCAACAUAGGAGUGACUUUGCAGAACUUCCUUCUGCAACAAUGAAGGGACAUAGUGUUUCUUUCUUCUUGGGCAUCAUCUUCCUGGUUCUAUUUGAAGUUCAAGGCACCCCAGUAAUGAGGAAAGGACGAUGUUACUGCAUCAACUCCAGUGAUGAUGUAAUCUCUCUCAAAUCCUUAAAAGACCUUAAACAGUUUGUCCCAUCUCCUUCGUGUGAGAAAACAGAAAUCAUUGCUACAAAGAGGAAUGGGGAUCAAACAUGUCUAAAUCCAGAUUCAACAAAAGUAAAGAAACUGAUUAAACAGUGGGAGAAGAAGGUCACCCAAAAGAAAAAGCAAAAGAAAGCGAAAAAAUAUCAGAAAAACAAGAAAAUCAUAAAAGUUAAAAGAUCCAAAGCUCCUUGUCAAGAGAAGAACACAUAAAAACCCACCUUGCCAACAAGUACCUUGUGUUAAAAUUUGUUUUUAAUUAUAUCAAAAUAAUUCUAAGAAGUAAUGGCCUUUAGUAACACGGGCCUGUUAAUUUGACUAGAAAAUGUAAAGUACUAUUAUGAAAUUGUAACCAAAACUGAAAAGUUGAUUUUAAAAUACAGAAUUAAGAAUUGUUAGAGGCAAUAGCUGUUUGUGCUUUUUACCACUAACCAACUGAAUUUCAUCACAUGCUUAGUAAUAACUACAUCUGGACAAGUGGCCACACAGACACAUCCCACACAACAGCUGCCAGCUUCCAGGCCUCAGCCUGCAUCCUCCAGAGAGUACUGUGAGGUCUCUGUUAUUGAGUCCCCACCUGUCCACAUACUAGUAAGCCAAGCAGCUUGGAACUGAGCUGGACCUCGCCCAGCUGCAAUGGCUGUCAGAGUCUGCAGACCUCAUACAUGAGGUGUCUGAGGGAUCACGCUGAUUGUUCCUAGGGAUCCACCUUUGGACAUCACCAGCAUGUGGCCUUGGGAAACUUCUUUCAGGAUUUUGAGGUGAUGUGGCUCCAUCUUGCCUGCCCUCACUGGCCACACAAUUUCCCCUUGUGUCCUUGUGCUUCACAUAGGCAAGUACUUUCCUUUCUGCCACAAGUCCAUGCCUGUUUCUCUUCCAUUACACAAAUUAUGCUCUCUCAUUUGUGAGACUUAUUUGCCUGACAUUGCCCCUUUUCCCACCCACCAACCCACAAGGAUGUCUUCUCUCCACUAAGUUCCAGUGGAUACAGUCUUCAAGGCUCAGCUCAAGUUGUGCUUAAACCUUUCUGGAGUGCUGAGUGUAGCUUGGGAUGGAGCAUUUGCCUAACAGGCACAGUGCUCUGAGUUUCAUCCCCGGCACUGCAAAUAACUAAAUAAAAUAUUUUUAAAACCUUCUAGAUAGUCAAAUCAUCUUAAAAUUCUCAUUCCCCUUAUGUUUAACACAACAUGAAAGAGCACUUUGUUACCUAAUUAGUGUUUAUUUUCUCUUUCUAAUCAGACAUUCAGUUCCUUGAGUGUAGCAGCCAUAGUUUAUUUCCUUGAAUCUGCCACCAACUCUAAAAAACCAGAACUCAGCUCUAGUAGUUAUACGAGGAGAUUGCAAUCGGAGUUUCUCUUCCCGGCUGCUCUGUAUUGUUUCACCCCUAGUAACCUCUUACUCAUUUUCUGGCCACAGUCACUACAGGGAUCAACGAUGAAGCAACAUUCUUGUAUUGUUAUGACAGGAAGUUAACUUGGCUUCUCUAACAAAUAAGAAGCACAUUUUAGAACACUUUUGGAUAGUCUAGAAAUUUUUAAAUAAAAAUUUCAAGACCUCUGAAAUCAUACAAUCUUAUAAAGAAAAGUGGUGUAAAGGUUAUUCAGUCCAGCCUUUCUCCAUUCACUACAAAAAUUCCUUCAGUACUAUUCCUAACAAGCUUUCUAUGACUAAUAAGAUAGUCACAAAGAUUCUUUUUUUAAAAAAUGGCAGCAAAGCUUAACAUUUAUUAGACAGGAGGAGAAACAUGCUCUGCAAAACGAAUUUGGGGCAGGUAAAAAGUAGGGAAAGAAGUAUGUGCUACAGGGAAGCGUGGGCUAUGGGGGGAGAACACAGAAGCCAAGAUCUUUUGAAAACUCAUUGGGGAAAAAAAAAAAAAAAGAAAACUCAUUGUGGGGCAAAUGUGAAUUGUGAUUAUCAGUUCCCACACCAGCUGUUGAGAAUGAUAAAGUUCCAAGAGCUGGAGGGACAGCAAACUCAGUGGAGGGGUAGUUGGUGCCCAGUUAGAUUAUGUGAACUUGAAAACUUCCUUAGAGAGAUUGGUGAAUUGAGAACAAAAGGAGUUCUUUGACUGAAACUGAAAGCUAUAUUUACUUUCUCAGAUAUUGUUACUGCAGAUGAUUCGGAGGGCUGCCUACUAAUGAUCCUACCCAAACAUCUUUGCCCAUGAAAUUCUUCAAUUCCUUCUAUGUAAUUCUCUGGAAAAAAAAAAACCUUAAAAAGUUCCAUAAUAGGAGAGUCUGUGACCCACUUAUCUUACAUCUCACA